UAGUUUUUUUUUUAUUUUUUAUAUGCAAUAUCUUUAGAUUAUUAUAGCCAAUGGCCAAUGUCAGUGCGUUUCGGAAAUUUUUGCUUUUACUUUGGAAAAACUGGAUGAUACAAAAAUAUCAAAAAUGUCAAUUAAUUACCCAUUGUAUUCUAGUGGCGCUAUUCGCAGUAAUAUUAAUCCUCGUACGCUAUUUUGUAAAAGUAGACCACAUUGAUGCGAUAGAGUAUGAUUCUGUGCCCUUGAAUGAAACGUUCCCACCUCACCCAAAAUAUAAAUAUUGUCUUUAUUACGCUCCGAAAAGUGAUGUGCUAUCAGAUCUGAUGAGUAUAACAUUAAAGUCGCUUAACAUGACGUGUAUCGAGGGCUAUGACACCAAAUCUGAAAUGGCAAAGGCAGCCAAGGAGGACAAGGUAUAUCUAGCAAUUCAAUUUGAUGGCGAUUGGGAAAAUGAAAAUGAACUGCCUAAUAAGCUUUCCUAUGCUAUAAGAUUAUCUGGUUUUUUUCAAACGAAACAAUUAUAUCCCGAUACUGCAAUGCCUGGUGAUCGUGAAUCAGGAGAUAAUUAUAUUUCGACUCCACCAUAUAUGUCGAAAGGAUUUUUACAACUUCAACAUGCAGUAAGCAUGGCUUUUAUCAAGAACAAAUCAAGUGUAAAUGCCUUACCAGAAACACUUAUCCAGAAAUAUCCAUAUUCCGAAUUUAGCGGUGAUGCGGCAACGCCUAUUUUUGGGCCCGUCUUGCCACUGUUCCUAUUACUGGGUUUUAUGUUUCCACUCGGAAUUCUUACUGCUCAAAUAACUAACGAAAAGCAGAAGAACCUGAAGGAGAUGAUGAAACUGUUGGAUGUCAGUGGUUGGAUACAUUGGGUCGCGUGGUUUGUUCAAGCUUUUUUAAUGCUGCUUAUAACUAUCAUUGUGUUUCUCAUAAUACUUAAGAUACCAAAAAACGGCUUGUCAUAUUAUACCAACUCCGAUGGCUUUCUGCUGUUCAUUUUUUUUAUAACAUUUGCUAUAGCUGUAAUUUGCUUCUGCUUUCUGCUUUCGAUAUUCUUCAACAAAUCUGGAACAGCAGGCGUAGUCACCAGUCUAAUUGUAUUUUUAAGCUAUAUACCCUUCGUGAUGUACAUGACUAAGCCAAAUGAGCCUUGGACAAAGCUUAUAUUCUGCUUUAUACCCACCACAGCUUUGUGCUUUGGCAUACAAGCUUCGUUUAAGCUAGAUAUAAUUGGCGUGGGAGCCCACUGGGAUAAUCUUUACGAAAGAAUUGAUGCCGAAGAUAAAUUGAGCUUUGGUCUUAUUAUGCUUGUUAUGCUAAUCUCUGCAAUUAUAUACAUUCUGCUCUGUCUGUACCUGGAACAAGUUCGACCUGGUGAAUUUGGUGUGGCGCGCAAAUGGAACUUUCCUUUCACCCGCCAGUUUUGGAGCUGUAAGCAAAAAAGGCAAGAAGCAGAAGAUACUGAGACUGAGGAAGAAACAGUUGAAAAACGCGAUCCAAAUGCUUUCGAAGACGAACCAAAAGAUAAAACAGUUGGCUUAAAAGUAAAAAAUCUAACUAAAAAAUUUGGUAAGCAUACUGCUGUCGAUCGUCUAUCAAUAGAUAUGUAUGAAGGCGAGAUAACUGUACUGCUGGGCCACAACGGCGCUGGUAAGACCACCACAUUAUCCAUGCUAGUUGGCAUGCUAGCGCCGAGCUCAGGUACGGCAAUUGUCAAUGGACAUGAUAUUCGAACAAAUCUCAAGGACUCUCGCAUGUCAAUGGGCAUCUGUACACAGUACAAUAUUCUAUUUGAUGCCUUGAGCCCUGCUAACCACAUACGCUUCUUUAGCCGCCUCAAAGGUGUGAAAAAGGAAAAAAUUAAAUCGGAGGUUGACAAAUAUAUUAAACUGAUGGGAUUGGAAAAAAAGGCAAAUGUAGCCUCAAAGAAUCUAUCUGGUGGCAUGAAGCGUAAAUUGUGCGUUUGCCUUGCCUUCUGUGGCGACACCAAGGUUGUGUUAUGUGACGAGCCCAGCUCAGGCAUGGAUCCAUCUGCAAGACGACAGCUUUGGCAUCUGGUGCAAAUGGAGAAAGCAGGUCGCACCAUAUUGUUGACCACACAUUUUAUGGACGAGGCUGAAGUUCUGGGCGAUAGCAUAGCUAUCAUGAGCAACGGCGUGCUUAUAUGCAAGGGUACAUCAUUCUUUUUAAAGAAGCAAUACUCUUCUGAUUAUGUACUGAUUUGCAUUAAGCUGGAGGGCUGUCAAUCAUCGAAAGUAACACAGGCUCUUAGCAACUUCUUACCCAACUUAAAGCCACAUAGCGACAUUGGCACGGAGCUCAUGUAUAAAUUGCCAUUGGUGUAUUCAGAUAGAUUUGAGGCGUUGCUAAGUAAUCUUGAAGGACGCUUGGAAGAAUUAAAACUGGCUGGAUUUGGCAUAAGUAUUUCUAAUAUGGAAGACGUUUUCUUAAAAGUCAAUGCUGACAGAUAUCACAAUCUGAACAAGGAACAAGCAACCGAAGAAAAUGCACAGCAGCAGGAUGAGAACGAUGAUAAGGAAGCACUGAACAAGGAACAAGCAACCAAAGAAAAUGCACAGCAGCAGGAUGAGAACGAUGAUAAGGAAGCAAUGAAAAUUUCAGACAACGAAUUUUUACCUGGUACUCCACACACCAAGAUACAUCUCUGUUUGGAUCGUUGGGAAGCAAUGUUUCUGAAAAAGAUUUUCUUCGCUUGGAACAAUAAGUUCUUGAUAUUAUUUAUACUGAUAAUACCAAUGAUAUUUAUGCUCGUUACGUACAUAGGUCAGGUUACAAAUUCUGUUGCGGAUUCCAAAAGACUUAUUACUUUAAAGCAUUAUGGUUACGGCGCAGUUUUAUUUGAUCAACAUGGUAAUGAUGCAACAGCAAAUAAAAUUGCUGACGCAUAUAAAGAGCUAAUCUCAUCAUAUGGCACAUUUAAUCUCAAAGAUGUAAGCGACAAGGGCAUUAUGAAGCAUAUACAAAAUACAGAGCAAUCUUAUGUCAAUAGACACUACUGGGCAGGCGUCAGUAUUGACAAUAAUCAAAUCAUCGCCUGGGUAAACGCUCAGCCGUUGCACACAGCUCCAAUGUCGCUCAAUCUGGUGCACAAUGCAAUGGCCAAAGCACUGAUCAGCAACGAGGCGGAAAUUAAAGUUACCAACUGGCCGUUGCCGGCGAAAUCGGAGGUUGGCAUAAUUAUGGAGGUUGCUGUCAAUGUGGCACUAAUAACGGCACUGGUAACACCUAUAUUUGUGCUCUUCGUUAUCAAUGAGCGAUUGGGUCGCUUCAAGCACUUACAGUUUAUUGGCGGUGUCGAUAUUAUGACAUUCUGGCUAACGCAUCUCAUAUUUGACUUUGCAAUCUUACUUAUUGUUUCGCUGAUUAUCUUCAUAUGGAUGAGUUUUAUUGAUUAUAUCAAAGAGGAUGCGGACAAAAUUCUUUUAACUAUGCUGGUCUUUAGCUUUGGUGUGCUCACUUGGACCUAUUUACUAUCGUUUUGGUUUAAAGGUCCAACAGCUGCAUUUCUUGUAAUUUUUAUAUUGGCAUUGCUAAGCUCAAUAUUUUUUACAAUGGUGCUUAUGUUGAUGCAAAGUCUCAGAUUCUUACGAUACUUUCUGCCACACUUGUGGCUACACGAUUCUUUUCAGGAAUUGUCUUUUAAACACGCUGAGAUUUCAUAUUCUUAUAUUCUCAUAUUUAUUGCUGUGUCAUUACUCGAACUUGGAAUUGUGCUUUUUAUUGAUGCUAUCAGUGUCGGGAUAGUAAACUGCAGGUGUGCCGCCGCCAUCAAAGAAGCGCCGACAGAUCUUGAUGACGAUGUACAGCACGAGCGCGAACGCGUGAUGGCAAUGACAUCGUCCGAAAGAAAAGAGCAUGUAUUAGUGCUGGACCGUCUAAGCAAGAAAUUUGGCAAAAAAGUAGCCGUCAAUCAGUUGUCACUGUGUGUACAACAUGCCGAGUGCUUUGGACUGUUGGGCGUGAAUGGAGCUGGCAAGACGACCACAUUUAGUAUGUUGACUGGCGAUAAGAGCAUUGACAAGGGCGAUGCCUAUGUGGAAGGCAUGUCCAUUAAAAAGAAACUGGGCAAGGUUUUCCCUAAAAUCGGCUACUGUCCGCAAUUUGAGGCAUUACAAGAGGAUCUAACCGGACGCCAAACACUGAAGUUCUUCAGCCUACUGCAUGGCAUACACAAAAAACACAUCAAGGACUUGACAGAAUCAUUAGCGAAAUCUUUUGGCUUCACGGAGCAUUUAGAUAAACGUGUUUGCAAAUACAGUGGGGGCAAUAAGCGUAAGCUGAGCACGGCUGUUGCUGUGCUAGGCAGUCCAACAAUCGUUUACUUAGACGAGCCCUCAACGGGCAUGGAUCCAGGGGCACGGCGUCAGCUAUGGAAUAUGAUCCACAAGCUACGCGAGUCUGGCAAGAGUAUUUUGCUCACAUCACACAGCAUGGAGGAGUGCGAGGCGCUAUGCACGCGCCUCGCUAUCAUGGUCAAUGGCCAGUUCAAGUGUAUUGGGCCAACACAGCAUUUGAAGAAUAAGUUCUCCAAGGGUUUUUCGCUUAGGCUGAAAAUGGAUCCCGACGCCGACCAGCAGAGCAGCAAAACCGAUUCUUCUAUGGAAAAUGAUUCAGAGCAAGAAGCGCAGAGAAGCUCAAAACAGAGCGAACGACGCAAGUCAAGAGACGCAAGACGCAAGAGCAAAGCGGCGAAUGAAGCCCCAGAAACUGAGACAAGACAAGAAGACAAAGCAAAAGAGCCACAAAAACAGACUGACAAUGAUGUGGACAAAGUAAAGGAGUUUGUCAGCAAAGAGUUUCCGAAUGCACAGUUACAAGAAGAGUACAAAGGCAUUUUAACCUAUUACAUUCCAUUGAGUGGCAUGAAAUGGUCGAACAUCUUUGGAAUUAUACAGAAAAACCAACGUAAGCUUAAAAUUGCAGAUUACUCUAUAAGUCAGACAUCAUUGGAAGACAUCUUUUUGGAAUUUGCCAAGAGCCAGAAUUAAAAUUAAAUGAAAAAUUGGA